AUGUCGCGUUACCGAGGACCUCGUUUCAAAAAAAUACAUCGCCUAGGGGCUUUGCCAGGAUUAACUAAUAAAAAUCCUAGAACUGGAAAUGAUCUUAGAAACCAAACGUAUUCGGGGAAAAAAUCUCAAUAUCGUAUUCGCCUAGAAGAAAAACAAAAGUUGCGUUUUCAUUAUGGUCUUACAGAACGACAAUUAGUAAAAUAUGUGCGCAUCGCCGGAAAAGCUAAGGGGUCAACAGGUCAAGUUUUACUCCAAUUACUUGAAAUGCGUUUGGAUAACAUACUUUUUCGAUUAGGUAUGGCUUCGACUAUUCCUGCCGCCCGCCAAUUAGUUAACCAUAGACAUAUUUUAGUUAAUGGUAGGAUAGUGGAUAUCCCAAGUUAUCGCUGCAAACCCCGAGAUAUUAUUACAGCGAAGGAUGAACAAAAAUCCAGAGCUUUGAUUCAAAAAUCCUUGGAUUCGUCCCCCCGGGAAGAAUUACCAACUCAUUUGAUCCUUCACCCAUUCCAAUAUAAAGGAUUGGUCAAUCAAAUAAUAGAUAGUAAGUGGAUCGGUUUGAAAAUAAAUGAAUUGCUAGUUGUAGAAUAUUAUUCUCGUCAAACUUAA